AUGUUAGAAACAAUAUAUAAAACAUCGUAUAUUAACUCACUAAAAUUGGUGCUACCCCCCUCUACUCUUGAUUUUUUUAUUUACCAUUACAAUUAUUUUUUCAAUUUAAGUGUUUUAAUUUGUUAAUUAGUUUUUUAUUUAAUUAAUAUUUCUUUUUUUAAUUGUAAUUAUUUUUUCUUCUAUUUUUCUUAAUUGAAAUAAUUUUACUAUUAACAUUUGCUUUUAUUAUUUAAUAAUUAAUCUUAUUAUUUUAUAUUUUGUCUUCAUUUUUUUAUCUAAAUCAAUAAUUAAUUAAUAAAUUAUAUAUUUUUUCUUAUUUAUUUAAAAAAAAUUGGGAAUGAAAUUGGUGCAAUCAGUGCAUCAGACUUAGGCUAUGCUUUAGCAAAUUGCACUAAUCUCUCAAAUUUGACACUUUACCUUAUUAAUUGCUAAAUCAAUGAAUCAUAAUAAUUGAAAGUAAAAAGCAAGUAUCUUAAAUUAAAAAGAUUAGUUUUCUGUAUAAUAUAUUUCUAUUGA